AUGGAGCAACCCCCAUCGUCUCCACAGCCCACCGACCAACAACUGCCUCCGCAAAACCCUCAACCAACGCCCGCCACCAUUACCGACGCCGUUCCCACCACACCCUCCUCUCUCCCGCUGCCCGCGGCCAACAGCCCGUUCCCAAAUCCAAACCCGAACUUCACCGCUGCCUCAAACAACCCGGCGCCGACGCAAUCGCAGCAAUCAACUCCGACUUCACAAGCAAGGCCGACAUUUGUAUCUGCAAUGCGGCCUCUCCAUCAGUUGAGGCCUCCUGCACAACCUCAAAGACCUCAGGCUAGCUCAAGUAGCACGUCUCCCGCUGGGCAGAAUUUCCAAGGACACAGCAUGCACAGGGCUCCCUCACUAGGAUCCUCUGGGUCAUCUCCUAGUAGUUCUCAAACUCAGUCCCAGACUCAACCGUGGUUAUCUUCUGGAACUCAAGGCAAACCUCCAUUGCCACCCCCUAGUUUUCGGCCACAAGCGGGUCCCCAGUCAUUCCAGCCAAGGUCCAUCACCCAGCAACUUCAGAAUAACAUGUCUACCUCCUCACAGCAGCAGGUAAUCGGCUCAAACCAACAGUCACCACAACCCUCAGCCUCAGGCCAGCCACAGGACCAUUUUAGCCCCCAAAUCCCGACUUCCAGGACUCAACAGUCUUUGCCUCAUCAACAACAGGUGUCAAGGGGCCCAGGAUCAGGAAUCCAAAGGCCCCCUAUUGGCUUGACCCAACCUGGGACAUCACAUUCUGGCGCCCCUAGCAAAACAAUGAGUGUCGACACAGACGAGUCUUCGAAUAGAAUCCUGAGCAAGAGAAGCAUUCAGGAAAUUGUGAACCAGAUUGAUCCAUCUGAAAAGUUAGAUCCUGAGGUUGAAGACAUUCUUGUCGACUUUGCUGAAGAUUUUGUGGAAUCAAUAACAACAUUUGGAUGUUCGUUGGCCAAGCAUAGAAAAUCUACCACUUUGGAAGCAAAGGACAUCAUGCUACAUCUUGAAAGAAACUGGAACAUGACUCUUCCUGGGUUUGGGGGAGAUGAGAUUAAGCUGUACAAAAAACCAACAGUAAGUGAGAUUCACAGAGAAAGGCUUGCUGCUAUAAAGAAGUCAAUUUUGACCACUGAAAUGACGAGUAAAACUCCUGCCGGACCGCCUGGUGCUUCUUCCAAAAGUCAUCUUGCGAAAGGACCUUCUGGAAAAUACGGGCUUCAGGAUCCACUGGACGCUUUUGUCGUGUUCGAGAGUAGUGAAUCUAAUUUGGUGACUACUUUUGGCCACGACACUGUGCUCGCCUCUUUUUCCGGCGAGAUCCAGAAAAUGUAUCUUAUUUUGAUUUCAGAGAAAAGAUUUUCUCAGCCACUUCGGUCGUCCAUAAUUCCCCUCGUCGUCGUGUCUUUCUUCGCCAGCAAGUUGAGAGCGGCUGCCAACCCUGGCCGUCGCACAGCAGCCGACCGAGGUACCAUCAUCGGGCCGUAUAGUCGCUGUCUUCUUCAACAGCAGUCAUACGCGGGUGUAGCAGCGGUCAAACCCGUGGCGAGCCGAGUGUCGAGCAGACGCGGGUUCACGCGAGCAGACAGCGAGGCGAGCGAGAAGUCGAGAACCGGAGCCUUUACCCGUUUCCCCUCAUCAGUUGUUCAAGUUAGAUAA